AGAAGAGACUUUGCUUCUGCAUCACAUCUUCAUACAUAGCUAGAUUCAGAAGAGCGACACCGACAUAUUUAUUCGCGAAGCAAGUGCACAGAAACAUCGUCCACACAAACACGAAGACCUCGGAAGAAAAUGGCGCAAGCAGGCGAAGUGCUCUUCCGUCUGCCCAUCGCGGCUACCAACGGCGAGAUCGUGGUGACGCAACCACAGACCCAAGUCUACCUCCUCACAUUCAACAGCCCGGCGGACAAUCGAUUGCUCCCGGAUUUCUGCAAUGCGUUCCGUCUUGCGCUAGACAUCAUCGAAGCGAAAUAUGAACCGGGCGUUCUUAUCACCACAUCCGGGAUUGCCAAGUUCUACAGCAAUGGCCUCGACCUCGAAACCGCAGUCAGCACCCCCAACUUCUUCAACGGCACGCUCUACGCCCUGUGGCGACGCAUCCUAACCUACCCGAUGCCGACCAUCGCACUGCUUAACGGCCACGCCUUCGCCGGCGGCGCCAUGACCGCCAUGAUGCACGACUACCGCUUCAUGAACCCCUCCAAGGGCUUCUUCUGCCUGAAUGAAGUCGAGUUGGGCGCGAAUUUACAACUGCCAAUGAGUUCGAUUUUCCGACAAAAGUGCACACCGCAGGCCUAUCGUUUGUUAGUCCUCGAAGCCGCCCGGUUGAACGGCCCUGCUGCGCUCAAGGAGGGUAUUGUCGAUGUCCUGGGUGAUCUAAACUCAGCGUUCAAGUACAUCGAGGAGCGGAAGUUGGUCGCUAAAGCUCAGCCGGGAAUGAGUGGAAGGGCGGUUUUCCGCGCGCUGAAGGAAGGUAUGUUCGCGGAGACGGUUGGCUAUCUUGAGAAUGAUGGGAAGGGACAGUCCAGUCUUUUGGAUGUUCCUGAGAAGGAGACCCGGGAGAUUGAGUCGAUUCAAGCCCGGGUGAAGCAGUGGGAGAAGCAAUCUAAGCUGUAG